AUUUAGGAACUGAAAAAGGGGGCAGUCCACUCGACUACUGCCGCACACAGACAGACCCAGAGUACAGGUGAGCUGCAGUGAGUGGACCGGCACGCGGCUCACAGCAAUGAGUACUGCUGCUGCAGAGCCCAUCACCUGCAGGCUGUUCCAUUUAUCUUCAGGGGGUUACCUUGGAGAGGACAUGGUUUCAUGGAGGGUUUAGAAAAAGUUGCCUUUUUGCACUUAAGCACCAGAAUCUUUUCAACAAGACCUUGAGUCUGAGCCAAAACAGGCUCAACAACAAAACAAAGCAUUGACGAGGGGAAAAAUAUGAAGAAACAAGGUGAAGACAGACCCAGAGAGCUGUACCUCAAAUCGGGGUGAUGGCUUCCUUAAUUGUUUUUUGGUACUGGAAAAAGAGCAGUCUGCUCUAAACACUUUGUUGGGCUGUAAUAUAAAAAAGUAACACGGGAACCACGACAUAAUUGAACAGCUUCAAUGUAAACCCAUCUUUGGAAUGACCUUUGCAGAGUGAAAUGUUAUUCCUCCCAUGCACCCAACAGCAGGAAACUGCCAUAUGCGCAGCUCCCUUUUCAUGUCACACUGUAGUUAUGAUCGCCAAGAUAAAGAGCAGAUCUUUUCGCUGAAAGAAAAAUAAUCUGGGGGCUGGAGAUUUGGAUGAAGACAGAGAGAAGGCUUGGGUGACUGAAAUAGCGACGGACGAAGAGCAACGUCUGGGAAAAGAAAAAGGAGAUUUGGAGAAGACUAGGCUGUUUCUCGGCUCUCCAUGCCAAAAUGGUGCAUUUUUUUUUUUGGGUGGCAGACGUCCAGUAUAACUCAUUUGGGGAAUGUUGCCUAGGCCCUAGAGGGAGAUCCAGUUAGAUAGAGAAUUAGACUUGAUGAAGACAAAAGCCAGAGUACAGUUCUUUUUGAAAUUUUUUCAGUCGACCACAAGAAAACAUUUGGAAGGAUUUUUCCUAAAUGCACAGCCACGACCAUUAGCCAAAUGGAGAACCGUGCUUCCUUUCUUUGACACAUUUUUAUUUUGUUUUGUUUUUCGCUUUUCUCCCUGUAUACCAGUGAGGACUAAAACUUCAACAGGAAGCUUUGAUCUAACUUGGAUGAAAGACUUACCGGUACACUGAGGACUGCAGAGGAGUGAUUUGAAAUUGGAAUAAGAAUGGAGAAAGGACACACGUCUUUGCGUAGAGGAGUGAGCUGUAGUCCAGAAGGAUUGACUAAACCUAUCCAGGCAGCACAGGCCACCAUCGUGGAGGAGUCUAACACAACACAUGAAACGACUGGACACAAUGUGGAACGGAUGCGAAGCAAAACAAAUCUAACCAGGAGCGUCAGUUUAUCUGAGAAGGAGCUAAAGGAGGCCCGCCAGAGGAGUCACAUCAUUGCUGCGCAGCUCACUGUCCCUUCCAGCUCCAGCUCCCGAGGCGUGCAACUCUUCAACCGGCGCAAGCAGAGAGUCAGCGCCUUCACACUGGAAAGCGGUGGAGUGCGCUCGAAGGAGGACGUAACCGGGAAUGUGAAACCCAACCCGUCAUGUGGCAAACUAACAUGGGCAGAGAGAAGUCGUGAGGAGAAGGACAAAGACUUGAACUAUAAGAAUUGCACUACCAACCCACUAUUCGUGCCUAUUGGGAGUACACAGGCAACAGGCGAUAGCAUGGAGGAACAAGGCGACUGUUAUGUUAAAGAAGAUGUAGCUGAGCACAAUACUAUCCAGGAAAGACAUUUCCUCCCUGUAAAAGAAAUAGAUGAGCAGGAGGAGGAGCAAAAGGAUGCAGUCUACAAAGAACUUGAAGGCAAAGUCAAGGAUGAGCUUCCACCUGAAAGAGAAAAUACGAAUCCAAUUGCAAUGAAUCUUCUGGAGAAAGAGGCGGCGAUAAAUGUAGGACACAUCUCAUCACCUCCUCUUGAAAAGCUUUCCAACGGCUGCCAUGGACAGCCGAUUACAGGUGUGUCUGCAUCGAAGCAGACCACCAUCAUCAAUCGAACUGCCAGGCCGUUUUUCUCACCGCUGACGGUGCAGUCUCAAGAGGCAGAUAGUCCUGUCUUGGACAACCUCCCGACUCGUUUUGCAUUCACUGCUCCCCAGCCAGUCGCAGUUUCACCUCCGCCCCCUCCAGCAUAUCCCACACCUCCCCUACCUGCCUUCACAAACAAGCCUCCAAAGACUGAUUACUUCAGCCCACGUGUGACGACUCCCACUAACCCUCCACCAACGCCUGCCUUUACUGUGUCUCAGAAUGCUGCUACACCACUUCCCCGUUAUGGGCCCCCAACAGCGCCAAAACCUUCCGCUUUCGUUCCUCAACCUUUUCCAGAAAGGAAGUCUGUGCCACCAAUAAAAACAGGAUUACUUGAGGAUUUUGCUGCCAAACGACCCACUAAAAAGUCGAUGUUCACGUUCAAAGAGAAGAAGGUUGUCGCUCCGAACCCAGAGUUGCUUUCUCUAGUGCAAGGGGUGGAUGAAAUGAAGAACCACAGGCAAAGAUCUGUGCCUGAGUCCGCAUCUGAGGAGGAGUUACUAGCGCUGGGUGCGGAAGCAUCCAACUUCCUUGCCAAAGAGGAAGAAAGGGCUGAAGAAGCCAACGCCCCAGAGUGGACCUCCUGUCUGAAGAGCUCCAGAACCUAUACAAGGGUCGAACUCAAACCAGAACAGACCCUCGGUGAUGCAUCGGGAAAAGGUGCAGAUCUUUUUGCCAAGCGCAAGUCCAGAAUGGAGAAAUUCAUCGUUGAGAACCAGAAUGCAGGUCAACAUAUCAGACCUCCUUCUCCAACAAUGUCUUUGCCACCAUCGUGGGUUUACCCCUCAAAUAUGCCGGGUAGGGUCAAAGCUAUUGCUAAAAACUCUGACAUGUGCGCUCAACUGGCACUCAACAUGAAAGCCCAACAAACUGCCAGGUCGAAACCAAGACAAGCGGCACCAGCAGCACAAGUUCAAGAGACCCUUACUCUUGAGAAUGGUUGCUCCAAGACCGAGAUGGACCUCUCAAGACACAGACCGUACCAACUUAACUCAUCCCUCUUCAUCCUUAAGCCAGUCAAGGACCCGUUGAAUACCCUACCGAAAGGAGCACCGCAGUCCAAAAAUGAGUUCCUCCCUCCAUCUUUAUCGAGACAGGCUUCCUUACCGAACAACCCCGCUUCUCUCUUUUCCACCCAGUCUCAAUCUCCUCAGUUUCCCGGCAGCUCCAUCACAAGAGUAGACUAUCCAUCAAAACCAGCCGGUGGGAAGCCAUCAACUGCUUUUUCUCCAACCCAUGUGUCAUCCCCUCGGCUGGGGAUCCAAGCACCAAAGCCGAGAUUUUCUGCCAAGAAAGCCGGGCUUGAAGCACAGAAACCAAAGGAACCCUCCCCAACCGAACCACCCAGUGAGACUCGGCUGGGCCCUACAAGGAAGUACAGCAGCCCCGACUGUCUCGGUACAACGUGGAUGUCCGGUCUUCAAACUAAGAGUCCCUCCGCGAGAGUCUCCAGCCGAUCAGUCGCGUCACCCAUUCCGUUUUCAACGGUUGCAAGAUGCCAAUCUCCAAUGAGCAAUCAAGGGAUUCAGCUUUCCACAGUUUCAUUGGCUUCCGUAACCGAGCCACCACAGACCUCAACAUCCACAUCUCCAUCCUCGCCGCCUUGGGGUUCAAGAUGCCACUCCCCAAUGGUCUCCCAGAACAUCCAGUCAUCCGCCAAUUCCUCUAGUCAUGAUUUCAGAUUCCAAACAUCCAAUUCCUCUCGUUCGCUACCAUGGGGUUCAAGAUGCCAGUCCCCGGUAGUCCAUGCGCAAUCAUCAAAUGCUUUACACAUUUCAUCUAAAGCAUCCACAAACACCUCCCCACUCUCUCCACCUUGGGGAUCAAGAUGCCAGUCUCCUAUGGUGAGUGUGAGUGCUGAGAAUUCCACCCUGCCCUCACUUUCUUCUUCCAGACCUUUUCAAACAUCUGCAACUGCACCUCACCGUUCUCCUCCUUGGAGUCCAAGGUGUCAGUCACCAAUGGUAAUCCAGACUAUCCAUCCUUCCACUAUUUCAACUUCCACACUUUCCAAAACAUCAACAAGCACUUCUCUUGUCUCGCCUCCUUGGCGCUCACGUUCCCAGUCUCCUGCACUUUCUCAUACAAGUUUGUCUUUCCCUUCUGCGAACCGUCUGUCCAUAUCCUCUGCCUCCUUUCCUGUUUCCCGACCCAAGGACAGUCGCUGCAUGUCCCCAAUCAGUAAUAAUUUAGACUCAAAGGCCAACCAUCGAAUGCUGGCAAAGAACAUAAUCAAUGCAGCCAAACGUAAAAACAGCCCCUCGCCAGGUGCAUUGGGCGGUCACAGCUUGCCUAUCUCACCUGUGGGCUAUGCCCUCCAUGGUUAUAACUGUAAACCAGUGCAGUCACAACCGCUGGGGGUCCAGUCGCCUACCUUCACCAGCCCUCCUCCAACCCCAACACAGCGGAUCUGCUCUCCCGUGAGGCUCUACAACACACGCUCUCUGACCGAUUCGGAUGCAUCCAUAGAGUCCGAGGACUCGGGCCUGCGGUCACCCGGCAUGCAUUCUUACAACACCUGUCCCCGUGGUUGGAGCGGCAGUCUGAGGGUGAAGAAAAGCACCAUCUCUACUGACCUGUGAGGUUUCAACACUCGGUGGUUUCGUUGGCAUUGUAAACAGAGAUCUUGAAUCAUCAAAAUUCUUCAUUCACAACAAUUAAUAUUUGAUGUCACUUAUGGCUUUAGAAUGACAAGAACAAGCUUUUUACAUAAACAAUUGUGGUAGCUUGUACGCUUGCGGCACACUGAAAGGGCAAAUUUAACCAAAGAUUUUUUUCUCUAACUUGACUUUGAAUGAAUGUUAUACUUUACAGUCCUACACCAAGCAUUCCUUCGCUUCCCGAGCUCAUUAGCAAUGAUGGAUUAUUACUUUUUCAAUGUUUUAGUCACUGUUUACUGUUCAAAACACAUACGUUUAAAACAUUCCUACUUUAUUGAUGACCAUAUUGAUUCAUAAUGCUCACAGUGAUAUGCAACUCAAUGGUAAUCAUUUAUCACACAUGGCUGCAGUAUGUGUCUUAUAAUUCAUGGCAAAUUGCAAUACAAUACAAUACAAUACAAUACAUGCUGAUUUAUAUAGCGCUUUCACAACAGCGGCAGCUGUAACAAAGCGCUUUACAAAACAGCUAACAUAAAGUAAAAUAAUAAACACAACACUUAACAUAAAACACGGACAGUCAUGAAGGCGCAACCACCAAGCACAGAUACUGCUCCUUUGACGAAUGUUGUGGCCAAAAAGCGCUGAAAACAGUCCAUAUCAGGUCCACACAAUGAAACAACAAACAACAGGUGACAAAACAAAAGACAAAAACAGCAAAAAAGAACAAAAAAGCAAGGCUCUUGAAGAGCACUUGCCGAAGGCUGCCUACUCGGGCGUCAUCUUGGGAAAAAAAACAAAACAUAAUGCAAUAUGUACUCAGUGUAACAUAGUGUAUAUAUGUUGCUUUAUAUUGCAUUUGUUGAAGUGAAUGUAAACUUUACAGAGUCGGAAAAGGGAGUAAGGGUGUAUGUGAUGUGGCAUUGCUCCACCCAUUUACCCAAAUGUUUUAUGAUUCCCCAAGCUUUUAAAUACUGUUGCAAAUUAAAGGAUGUGUAACUUUAGAAUGGAUGGGCUUUUGACCAAACGCCCUUAUUAUUGGAAUAUUAACUAUCCAUUGAUUCAUUGUUAUUUUGUUACUGUUUUUAAUGAGGUGAGAGAACCUCUCUGAAUGUUCUGGACGCCCUGUUUCUGUGCCAUUGUCAUACUGAGCAGAUUAAUUACCUGGAGGACUCGCCAUUGCAGAGAUUUCUAUAAAUAAAGCUCAACUUAAUGUCCCGUUGACUCCCUCAGCAGCGCCUCAGUUGGAUGCAGCUACAAAGUGCAUUCCAUUUUGCCUAAAAUGUUUCAGGACAGAUUCAGUACUUAAGAUCCAGCAAGAGCAAUUAAAAUGAUUAAAAUGCCAAUUCCUAAUAGACACACAGAUAGUUUGGAAUGUCUCAAAAUAACGUUUUGUACAACCCGGUUAGCUGCCCAAAUUGAAUGAACUGGUUGUGGCUUUCAAAUGAACACCUUCCGCUUUGAGCAUGGAUCCUCAAUGUGAGCCCGACAUCGUUCCCGUCUUGCCCCACCAUGUGUCAGCAAACACAGCACAACACCGAUUUCAGUUUUUUUUAGGCACAGACACCUGCUUGGUGUUGACCUUCAGAAGGAUUAAACUUGUCACUGUCAGUGGAUUGGUUGAAGCAGUACUCUGGACAGGUCAAGCACUGCUGACAACCUUCAUUUGAACUUUUGCAAGCAUUUCUUUUUUGAGGGCUCUGUGAUUAUGCAACUAACAUUCCAUACUUGCAUGUCUGCAAAUCAAUAAAUAAAGUGGUUACACACAAGCAAA